AUGGCUAUGAGCAUGGCCUUGGAAACGGAUACUGCCUGCGUUGCAAAUAUCCUAAAGGAAUGCUUCGGCCACGCCGGUGACUUCACGGUGGUCGUGGAAGAGCAGGUCGAAGGCGAGGGCGCGUCGGACGUGAAGCAGACGGAGUUCCAGGUGUGGUCCCCAUUGCUGACCAGAUGGUCCCCGGUGUUCGACAGGAUGAUCCAGUCGGAGGGCUUUAUGGAGCGCCAGCAGGCUCGGAUGGUCAUCAACGACUUCUCCGGAAAGGCCGUGGAAGCCUUCCUUCGAUUCCUCUAUUCUGGGGUGCUGCAGGGCUCUCUGGUUGAGCUUGUGGAAGUUUCUGCUCUCGCGGACAAGUACCAGGUCACAAGACUCCAGGAGCUUUGCAGCCGGGCUUUCGAGAAAGGCUUGGGCCCGGAGAAUGCCUGCCAACUCUUCGCCGCUGCCGCGCGCUUCCAGCUACCGGACUUGCGCCGAAGCGCCAAGGAGAUGAUCUGGAUCAAGGCCAAAGAGGCGUUGAAGUCAUGCCCGAACCUGAGCCCGGACCUGCUGGAGGAGAUUCUCGAGCCUGGGCUCCUCUGCAUCAGCAAUUCAGAGCUCGAGGUCCUCAUGAACGGCUGGCGCGACUCUGGCGACUCUGGGAGAAAGCGCAAGGCCGGCGAAGACCUGACGCUGCUUCAGGCAGUCUUUCAGCGACAAAAGCAACGAAUUGCGGAGGAACGUGGAUACUUGAUAGCUUACCAUGGGCAGCCAUACGAGAACGACACCAUCUACAGCGAGGACAUCUUCAGAUCCUUAUGGACAAUGCGUCGACCCGGUGCGCCGUUCUUGGGUCGGGAGGUGAACGUGGUCCUUGGGCGCGAGAGGUAUCAUAUGAAUGAUGUUUCUCUUGCCCUCUUAGAGAGCCUUGCCGCAAAUAUCAAACCCGUUCGCAUGAGCACCGGCUCUUUGUCAUGGAUGCUCUUACAUCGCUCUGUGUAUCUCACCGGCGUCUCUUUCGACAUGGACUUGCCGGAAGAAGUUCGCUGCCAGGUCUACUGCUCCGAAGAUGGCUCGAGCUGGCAUCUGGCUGCUGACUCAGGCGACGCAAAGAUCGAAGCCGAGAAGCCACUUCGCCUCCAUCAAUCGUCGGGCCUUGUAAAGUGGUUCAAGCUCGAGGUUGAGGGCAUUUUCUUCAACCGUCUGCGUUUUCGUGGUAUCAUCAAGGAUGAUCUGCACUAA